CACACACAUAACACAGAGCCUCUCUCUCUCUCUCUCCUUCUCUUUAAUCUCUCUGUUACUCUUCGUCUUCUUGUAGUACUCUCUUCUUUUUACAUCUCUCUGUGUGAAGUGUGUAUCCUUCUCUCUCAUCCUCUGUUUCUCUCUCUCUCUCUCUAGCGGUGGACUGAUGCACACAUCUUUGUACACUCCGCCGUAACCAAACUCACUCUAAUGGGGUGCAUGUUCUCUCACCUCGCCGCCAAAUUCGCUUUCUUCCCACCUUCUCCUCCGACCUAUCACCUUACCAAAACCCCCGACGGCAAACUCUCAGCCGUCUCCUCCGCUUCCUCCUCCUCCUCCACUUUUCCCUCCGCCGGAGACCCAUCUCUCGACGUGAAAGUCGUGAAGACGAGACGAGGCAACAAAGUCACAGCUUUUUACCUGAGAAACCCUAACGCAAGACUCACACUUUUGUAUUCUCAUGGAAAUGCCGCAGAUUUAGGACAACUCUUCGAUCUCUUUGUUCAACUCAAAGUCAAUCUCCGAGUUAAUCUCAUCGGGUAUGAUUAUUCAGGCUAUGGAGCUUCUACCGGUAAGCCGAGUGAGUAUGAUACAUAUGCGGAUAUAGAGGCGGUUUAUGAGUGUCUUCAGACGGACUAUGGGGUCGAUCAAGAAGAUUUGGUCUUGUAUGGUCAAUCCGUUGGCAGCGGACCGACAUUGCAUCUUGCCUCUAAGCUUCCCCGGCUUAGAGGUGUGGUUCUUCAUAGCGGCAUUCUCUCUGGUCUCCGUGUUCUAUGUCAUGUCAAGUUCAAGUUUUGUUGUGACAUUUAUUCGAACGUAAACAAGAUAAAGAAGGUGAAAUGCCCGGUUCUUGUCAUACACGGAACAGAGGACGAUGUGGUGAAUUGGUUACACGGAAACAGGCUUUGGAAAUUGGCGAAGGAGCCGUAUGAACCGCUCUGGAUUAAAGGUGGUGGACAUUGCAACCUCGAGAUCUAUCCGGACUACAUUAGACAUCUCCACCGGUUCAUACAAGACAUGGAGAAUACUACCACCAAGUCUCGUCUCAAAAAGAUAUGGCAAGAAAUCCGUAGGCGAGACGAAUCAACAGCAUGUUGUAGUUCAGGACUGUGCAGACCUAGCUGCAGCUGUUCCAAAUCUCGGUGUCCAAAACCUAACUGCAGUUGCGGUUGUGGUUGCGGCGAUUGCGGUUGUUUCAAGUGUUCGUGUCCAUCUUUUAAGGGAUGUUUCUCUUGCUGCAAGAAACCGAGCUGUGUAAGUAGUUGUUGCUGUCCCAAGUUCAAAUGCAGCUGCUUUGGAAAGCCAAAAUGCUCUUGUUGGAACUGUUUAAAAUGCCCUGAGUCCGAGUGUUGUCGGGGUUGUUGUUGCUUUGCCGGUUGUUUUAGCUGGCUGUGUUGCUGCGGCGGAGGGAGGACGAAGAAAGAGGGGGAGAGGGAGAGCAGAGGGACUACUACGGUGGUUAAGAUUGAAGGGUAAUAUUAUUUUGAUAUUUUUGUAUAGAUUUUGUUGAAAAGAUUUGGUAAAAAAACAUUAGGAGAUUCAUGGGAAGAUACUCAAGAUUUGAGGCUAAAAGUUAAUUUAUCAUUCCGAGGAAAAAAAUAUAUGAAAAAAUUAGAAAUCUUGAA